AUGAAGGUGCUCUCAGGUCUAGACAUACAAGGUUAUCUUAUAAUCGAUGAACAGGAUGGGGCAAGUUCUCAUACUCAGAUGCAUGAGUCGACCAUUGAACUGUUUGUGAACAGGCUGGAUUCAGUGGAGUCUGUUCUGCCUUAUGAAUAUACUGCGUUUGACUUCUGCUCAAUGGAAACAAUGAAACGUCCAUCAGAGAAUUUGGGCCAGGUUCUUUUUGGAGAGAGAAUCGAACCCUCGCCAUACAAGUUUGAGUUUAAGAAACCUGCAGUGUGUCAGAAGGUGUGCACCAAAACCUACGACACAACCAACCUAUCAGACAAAGCCAAACUGGACUUCCUCAAGAAGGGCAUGUUACUCAACUACCAGCACCACUGGAUUGUGGAUAACAUGCCGGUCACCUGGUGCUAUGAUGUUGAAGAUGGACAGAAGUUCUGUAAUCCUGGUUUCCCUAUUGGCUGCUAUGUCACAGAAGCCGGUCAUUCCAAAGAUGCCUGUGUGGUCAAUUCUAACUUUAAAGAAAAGGAUGCAUUUUACAUCUUUAACCAUGUGGACAUCACCAUCCAUUACCAUGUCGUUGAGCAUGAAGAACUCGGAGCCCGGUUGGUUGCUGCCAAGAUUGAACCCAAGAGUUAUGAAAACCCUAAUGAUGACAGUCCUGAUUGUUCUGGAGGGCCAAAGUUCCUGAAAAACAAACACUCAGGAGCGUUUAAUAUCCCAUAUACCUACUCUGUCAAGUUUGAGGAAGACAAGAACAUUCGCUGGGCAUCUAGAUGGGACUACAUCCUGGAGUCAAUGCCUCACACCAACAUCCAGUGGUUCAGCAUAAUGAACUCGUUGGUGAUUGUGUUGUUCCUGUCUGGAAUGGUAGCAAUGAUCAUGCUGAGGACUCUGCAUAAAGAUAUUGCCAGAUACAAUCAGAUGGACUCUGUGGAGGAUGCACAGGAGGAGUUUGGAUGGAAGUUGGUACAUGGAGAUGUUUUCCGACCUCCCAGGAAGGGGAUGCUGCUGUCGGUUUUCCUUGGUUCUGGAACCCAGAUCUUCAUUAUGACCUUCGUCACCCUUUGUAUGUCAUCACAUGGCACCAUCAUUGUUUAGAUUAUGAGUUUAUUUAGAAACUGCUGUGGACUUUUACACAUCUAUAUAAAAUCAAUGAGAACAAAUGUUUGUUUUGCUUGUUUUCCAGCGUUUGGAGGUGAGAAGUGGAAGACCAAUGUUUUGCUAACGGCCUUCCUCUGUCCCGGGGUGGUGUUUGCUGAUUUCUUUGUGAUGAACUUGAUUCUGUGGGGAGAAGGGUCUUCAGCAGCCAUGCCCUUUGGGACCCUGGUAGCCAUAUUGGCUCUUUGGUUCUGUAUUUCCGUGCCACUCACGUUCAUAGGUGCAUACUUUGGCUUCAAGAAAGCAGGUAUUGAGCAUCCAGUUCGGACCAAUCAGAUUCCUCGUCAAAUCCCAGAGCAGUCGUUCUACACAAAGCCUCUCCCUGGUAUCAUCAUGGGAGGAAUUCUGCCUUUUGGAUGUAUUUUCAUUCAACUCUUCUUCAUCCUGAACUCAAUCUGGUCCCAUCAGAUGUACUACAUGUUUGGCUUCCUUUUCCUUGUCUUCAUCAUCCUGGUCAUCACCUGCUCUGAGGCCACCAUCCUGCUCUGCUACUUCCACCUGUGUGCUGAGGACUACCACUGGCAGUGGCGUUCCUUCCUGACCAGCGGUUUCACUGCUGUCUAUUUCCUGGUCUAUGCCGUUCAUUACUUCUUCUCAAAGCUCCAAAUCACUGGACUGGCCAGCACCAUCCUGUAUUUUGGGUACACCAUGAUCAUGGCUCUCAUCUUUUUCUUAUUCACUGGUGCAAUUGGCUUCUUUGCCUGUUUCUGGUUUGUUACCAAGAUCUACAGCGUGGUCAAAGUGGACUGAAGCAUUCAAAGACACAGCAGACUGUAUUCGGCUUGAUGAGGUUUCCUCUCGUCGACAUUUGGUGAUGUCAAACUGAACUGAACAUUGCAAUCUGAACUUCCUCCUCGUCUCAUUUCUUCAGUCAGACGUGACUCUGCCUCAGACACAUGACAGUUUUCUUUGUUUUGUGUGCCUAAAAUGUUUGUGUGUGUGUGAGCAUGUGUACGCUGGGUUGUCAUCAGUACAGUAUCUAUCUGCAUAUAAUCUGAAUGAAAUCAUACCUGACACAUGAACAGAUGCAGUGCACAAUGAGCCGAUGUCGUGCAUUUUAGAUUUAUUUUAUGAUCCCUGCACUUUGUUUGCAGACAAAUAGAUGGUCUGCUACGUUCUCAGACCUGGUGUGUUCAUAUGAUGCACAGGUGUAAAAUGUGCCCUUGUUACUAUUUUAAAUGAUAAACCUGUGAGCAGUACAUCUUUGAUGCAGUCUGUUAUCUGAGUCUCCCAAACUCCCAAAAGUUUGGUUAGAAUGUGAUCACAGCCAAUUAGAACUGUAUGGUUUCUGUGUCCCCUCAGAUUAUUGCGGAACAGUUUUCAUGUCUGUGAGGUUUUGGGGAAUAACUGGUGGUGAUUAAUCUUCCGCUGAACGUUUGAGGAGUGGAGCAGGUUCAGCCAACGGUACGACAGCUUAUAUACAGCAGGGCACGUGUAGAAUCUUUUUCAGUAUUUUAACAUUGAUCCAAGAGUAAAGUCCACAUCAGCACUGUGGUGCCAGCGUCUGUUCCAACACACCAGGGCCAAAGCAGCAAUAUGAUGGAUUCCCAGAGAGGCACUUCUCWCUUCCUCUUUUUAUCUGUAUGGUCUGUGCUGUGAGCUAGAACUGAUUCACUGCUCCACAAUGCAGCCAGAGUGUGUGUUUUCUUCAGGCUUUGUAAGUUUAAGGUCAGCUGUAAUUCUUCASUUACGUCUGACAAAUUUUACCAGCAGGCAGUAGUUAGAUACUCACUAAGCUUACCUUGUGGGAGUAGACCUCAAUAUCAUMUAGGAUGCGCUUUUUAAAAGUGCUGAUUUGAAAAAUAAAAUGUAAUACAUUGUGCAACGCAGGCCAGCUCKUUUCACCCGCUUCUCUCUAUGACCUCCUGCAAAUGAAGGAAGUGAAGCUUUGACAGAAGGUUUUGUGUGAUGAAGAGUUACUAGUCUGUCCUGUUACAGUGACACACAUUUCUCUAUUCAGGGUUCACUUCAUUAAACCCCCCCACAGUUCUUUMUCAUCAUGCAGCAACAAAACACAGGGUCAGCACUGACAACGCUGCUCAAAAACAACAGCAGGUAGCGUUGGAUUACAACAAAGAGUGCCUCUUGUGUAUUGCAUGGWUUAUACCAACCUAAUAUGUUAAAGAAAUUCAUGUAAAGUGAAUUKAUUUCAGUUAUGCAAAUAACGUGUGUGUAGCGUUAGCGAGUCAGUUAGUGGUGACAUGUCAUCACACUGUGUGUCGUCUCUUUCAUGACAUUUGAAGUGUGUGCGUUUGAAUUUAUGGCCUCAUUGCUUGGUGUUGUUCCGACUGUGAGGAACGUGUAACAGACUGAAAAGGAAAAACCUGCAUUUUAACGAGGUGAGAGUAGUAAGGGAGUGAACACAUCCCAUCAGCUCACAACACGACAUACACACCACAUGAUAACACUGCUUCAACGCUCAUGUGUGACUGACUGUCAUGAGGCAAAUGUCAGCAGAACAGUGUGGAGCAGAUGAUCUCUUAUUCAGCUCACAUCAGUUGGUUUGCUUUGUGUAGAACUGGUGACUGAGGCUCAUCAGUGACUGACUGCUGAGAGACUAAGUUUCAUCCUUUCAGCUUCAUAAGAGUGGAACAUUUUGAUUAAAUAACCUUUUCUAAUGCUACAUUUUGGAGUUGGAAAUGGAACASAAGACACAGACAUUUGAGUUAAUGGGAUUCAGUUAUAACYGUCWGGUUGGUCUAAUYAUUAAACAGCUUUUUCUUCUCRGCUCUUUGUUUUUGUCCUGAUUCAAUGACYUGUAUCUCAGAUUCUCCUUUAAAGCCAUUUCAGUAUCAAAUUAUUCAAAUAUUGUAGCUACUACAUGUAACAUCACAGUGGUCUAUAAUGUAUUACAACACAGUCCUUUAUUGUGAUACAUUUCCUGCUUUUCUACACCAACAAACCUCUGGGAUAAGUUAGGAAACAGGCCCCUGCACAUGUCUACAUUAGACUGAGGCUACUAUAAAAUCCAUCAAAUAGAUCAGCAACAGUAUAGAAGUGAGCAAAUCAGAGCAGGAAAUUAUGAGAAUAUAUGUUUCAUUUAAGAAAUAGAUUUAUAUAAACAUUAUUAAGCUGAAGUCAGGACUAUUUAAUGUACAACUGUAUUUUGAACCGUUUAGUUUGGAUUCUUUUUCUAGACUGGAUUAUUGUAAUUCUUCAUCAGAUGUUCCAGUUGGUCUGUAAAAUCUAGAAUAGAACACAAUCCUGCUCCUCACAUAAAAAGCCCUUGAUAAUCAAGCCCCAUCAUAUAUUAACAAGCUCGUAGGACUGUAUUGUGCCUGGUUUUAAGAAAUAUGGAACAGUAGAGAGGAGUUUCAUCUCUCAGAGAACAAGAGUUACAAUGUCAGCAAAGGCCAAAGGG